CUCUCUCUCUCUCUCUCUCUCUCUCUCCUCAUGCACGUGACUGAAACCUCCAAUGUGGUCCCACAGGUAAGCUGAUAUUUCUUUCCCUUAUGUCUCACACAUACAUGUAGCUCCAUGCAGUCUAUUACGACAUCACACUAGGAGCACCAAUCAGCUCACACAAUCAAUUGACCCAGAAUGUGUUUCCAUGUACUGUCUCUUUGCACUGCCCUCUUUUACACCGCACACAGUGCUGCACCACAGCAAGUAUGUUUAUCAGCCAUGACCAGAGUCUUACCCACACCAAGGCUUCAAUGUUAAGUUGCUUUUUCGCAGUCUUGUUACCCGUGCAGCCAUACUGAUCCUAUUUAAGUGCGCUGCUUGUGUCAGACAUGAAUAUUAAUAACUCUGCCUGCUGUUGCUGUGCGGGCAUGGCCUGAAUAAUGCACCAUCAUGAUGUGCGCGCGGCUGUGCUCUGCAGUGCUCUGCUGAAAUGGAGCACUGAUGCACAUGAAGGCCGUGAGACCACCAUCAUGACCCGUGUGGCAAAUAUACUGUCACAAUAUAUUAAUCGCUUAUUGUAUUUUUUAUACUGAAUGUUAAUUUUUCAAUGUAGCUGUCUAUUUUUCCUCUGCACAUUUCUUGUCAUGGGAUUGAAAAGUGCAAGUAUUUUUUUCUUCAUUGUUUUAUGGGCCUGCAAGCAAAUCAGUUGAAUAUUUAGAAAACCUGAUUAAUGGUGCCUGUGAACAUCAAACACCCUUCCUCUUGAGCCCACCCUAUUAAUGUGAAUACACACCCCCACACACAUGUGCCCCCACCCCCAACACACACAUAGCAGCCCUGCAUUUAUUAAAUUGCUAAAAUACAAAAAAACAAAUAAUCACAAAAACAUUACAUAGACCUCUAUGGACUUUUCUAUUGUAUUUAAAAUACAUAUUCUUCAUAUUUGUAGUUAUGAAAUAUUCUUAAUUGUAUGAUGCAAUUGGUAUGCCUGUAGUGAAGGUCAUAUAUGUUUUAUAUUCCUGAAAUUAAAUUAACUGCGUGGUAUUUGCUUAUGUGCCUUUACUGUAUCUACCGCCCGGUCUUUCUCUUGCUGUCUUUUGUCUGCAUGCCUCUUUUUAUUUUUUAAUUUAUUUAUUUCCAGUGUUCUCCAUGCACUUGUGGUUCUGUUUUGCAUCAGAGGGUGGUGAUGUUGCUUCAGCAUUGGAAUUGUCUGAAUGCUGGCUUAACACUGAGAGCAAAGUAUGUUUGAGACUUGUUGGAGCCUCUUGAACAUCAGAUUAUGUUCAUGACAUUCGAGCGUUUAUUGCAGAUUAAAUAUGUACAAGGACUGUCCAUAGACACAGGAUUGGAGAACCCCGAUUGUGCUUUUCUGUGUUCCGGUUGUGGUCAGUGGACUAAUGAGUUGUUCCAUCCCAGAAGAGAUGAGGAACGGGCUCUUUGUUGGACUUGGACUUGGAUGUGAAAAGGUUAGGUUCUGGCCAAGUCUGGCUUGUUCCAGAUGAGGACAGCCAUGUUGCUCUGAACCACAACAAAGGACCCAUCCUUGUCAAUGAGAGAAAAUACGAGCUAAUAUUAGCUUGACUGGAAAUUGUCCAGUAAAAUCCACUUGAAUUAUUUCCUAUCAUCAACAUCAAAGACCGUUAAGACUGGUGAUAUAUUUCAUGUGGAAUGUUCACUAAUAUUAUUGUGCAGUCGUGUACAAUCAGACUUGAAAUUCACUAUUUGGACUCUAAGGGACGCUCUUGUCCAGCAUAAGGAUUUCCUUCCAUUCGGCCCACGACUGACUGAAGGGAAUCAGACAAACUGGAUUCAUUCGGCUUGAGGACGCAUGCAGUGAACAGGAAGAGGCAAACGUUUUUGUUUAAAUCGUUUUCGAUCUGCAGGAAACGGAUAAUUAAAGGGGGAAUCGACGUUUUUGCUGGAUAAAUCAUAAUUAUUUUUUUGCACAAUGCUUCCAAGAGGAUGCGUCGCCGACGCUCGAUGGAGAUGGCGAUCGCUUCAUGCGCCACAACAGCUAGUGGGACUGCUUUUGUGCGUCUUUUAUUUCCUUUCCACGGUAGGUGGUCAGAUUCGUUACUCUAUCCCGGAGGAGAUGAAGAAAGGCUCGGUGAUCGGAAAUGUGGCGCAAGAUCUUGGUUUGGAUGUGAAACGGCUGCGUUCAGGGCGGGCCCGCAUCGUGACGGGAGACAACAUCCAGUACGCCGAGCUGAAGACAGACAAAGGGCUUCUCGUCGUCAAUGACAGAAUAGACCGGGAGCAGCUUUGUGGAGAUGUGACGCCAUGCAGCUUCAGCUUUGAGGUCAUUUUAGAAAACCCCUUAGAACUGCACAGAAUCAUUGUUGAGGUUUUGGAUAUAAAUGAUCAUGCUCCCGUAUUUGCGCAUAAAGAUAAAGCUCUGGUAUUUGAAAUAAGUGAAUCUGCCGCAGUAGGAGUGCGUUUCCCCCUGCAGGGUGCAGUGGAUCAAGAUGUGGGGCAAAACGCAUUGCAGAAUUACAUUUUGUCACCAAACGACAAUUUUAUCCUGAAUCAGCAUGCAAAUCCAGAUGGCAGUAAAUAUGUUGAAAUGGUGCUACAGAAGCCUUUAGACAGAGAGAGACAUCCCCGUUUGUCUCUAAAAUUAAUUGCAGUGGAUGGAGGAACACCACAGAGAUCUGCUACCGAGAAUAUAGAAAUAAAUGUUCUAGAUGUGAAUGAUAACGAACCCAUAUUUAACCAAUCAACAUAUAAGGCUACUGUUAUGGAAAACGCAAUGAAAGGAACUAGUAUAAUUACUGUAAAUGCUACAGAUGCUGAUAGUGGAUCAAAUGGCCUCAUUACUUACAGUUUGUCUAUAAUGAAAGGAAGUGUUGCAAAUCUAUUUAAUAUUAAUGAAAACACAGGCACAAUUUAUGUGUCUGGUCAAAUAGACUAUGAAAAGGACAGGAAGUUUGAAGUCAGGGUAGAAGCCAAGGAUCAAGGUGGGCUGACUGGGACCAGUAAAGUUAUACUUGAUGUUAUUGACAUAAAUGACAAUGCUCCCAUUAUUAAUAUAAUGUCAUUUUCAAGUCCUCUACCUGAAGAUUCACCUCCUGGUACAACAGUUGCAAUUUUAAACAUAAAAGAUGCAGAUUCGGACAGAAAUGGACAAAUACAAUGUAAAAUAAAUGGAAAACUUCCCUUUAAGAUAGAAACGUCCUUAACAAAUUAUUAUAAUUUAAUCUCAGAUCAAUACUUUGAUAGAGAGUCUGUUUCGGAAUAUAACAUAACCAUUACAGCCACUGACCUUGGGACGCCUCCUCUUUCUAGUUCAACAAAGUUACAUCUUAGAAUCUCAGACAUAAACGACAAUGCACCAUUAUUUGAUCAAAAGAUUUAUUCUGCUUAUGUCUCAGAGAAUAAUUCUCCUGGUAUUUCCAUAUUUGCUGUCACUGCCAGAGAUGCUGACUGGAAUCAAAACGCCAGAAUAUCUUAUCUUUUAGACGACACGCAGAUAAGCGGCAGUCCCGUUUCUACCUAUGUUUCCUUAAAUGCAGAAACUGGCGUUCUUAGUGCAGUUCGAUCAUUUGAUUAUGAGCAAAUCAAACAUGUGGACUUGGUGGUCCGAGCUCAGGACGGAGGCUCUCCUCCUCUCAGCAGCAACGUGAGCGUUCGCAUCCUGAUACAAGACCAGAACGACAAUGCCCCUCAAGUCCUGUACCCGGUCCAGACGGGCGGCUCGGUGCUGGCCGAAAUGGUGCCUCGUUCAGCAGAUGUGGGCUACCUGGUGACUAAAGUGGUGGCUGUUGAUGUGGACUCUGGACAGAACGCCUGGCUCUCCUAUAAAGUGCACAAAGCCACAGACAGGGCGCUGUUUGAAGUGGGCCUACACAAUGGAGAAAUAAGAACUGUCCGCCAAGUCACUGAUAAAGAUGCUGUCAAACAAAGACUGACUGUUCUAGUGGAGGACAACGGGCAGCCCUCUCGUUCAGCUACAGUCAUUGUUAACGUGGCGGUGGCGGACAGCUUCCCUGAAGUGCUGUCAGAGUUCACUGACUUUAGCAUGCACGACAAGGAGUACAAUGACAAGCUGACUUUUUACUUAGUCUUGGCUUUGGCUGUGGUCUCCUUCCUCUUCAUCACCUGCUUGCUGCUUAUCAUAUCGGUCAAAGUGUACAGGUGGAGACGGUCUCGCAUCCUGCACCACUCCAACCUCCCUGUCAUUCCGUAUUAUCCGCCACGUUACUCGGACACUUUGGGGACGGGGACUCUCCCGCACGUGUACAAUUACGAGGUGUGCAGGACCACCGACUCCAGAAAAAGCGACAUGAAGAACAUGCAAGGGAUGAGUCAAAGUUUAGUGAGCGUGGAUGGAGCUGAUGCUGAUACGACGCAUGUGACCAAGCAGCAGUCAGGGAACUGUUCCCAGAUGUCGACUUUGCAAAAGCCACCCAACAAUGACUGGCGCUUCAACCAGGGACAGCGACCCGGACCCAGUGGUCCCCACAUGCCAUACGGUACACACAUACGAUGGACGCCGAAGAGUGGGACAAGGGCUGCCGGGGGACCUGAGGUUGCCAUGGGAACCGGGCCCUGGCCCCAACCCCCAACUGAAGCUGAGCAGCUCCAAGCCCUGAUGGCCGCGGCCAACGCAGUUGGCGAGGCGACCGGCACCCUGGGACCGGGCACCAUGGGCCUGAGCACCCGCUACAGCCCCCAGUUCACCCUGCAGCACGUCCCCGACUACCGCCAGAACGUCUACAUCCCCGGCAGCACGGCCACCCUCACCUCCAACCCCCAGCAGCAGCAGCAGCAGGCCAUGGCCCAGCAGGCCAGCCAGCAAGCGCUGCCUCCGCCCCAGUCCGGCCAGCCGGAGCCCCCAAAGGCCGCGCAGACUCCGGCUUCCAAGAAGAAGUCCACCAAGAAGGAGAAGAAGUAGAAGUCGGAGGAAUGCUUAAUCCAAUGUGAUGAGAAACGCAACCCCCCACACCCCACCAAGAGGUAUCUUGUCUAGCUGAGGUCUAAGCGGACCACAUGGACGGUUCUGAUGGUUCUUUGUAAGUGUCUUGAGGUGCCGAGAGGAGCCUAAACAUGCCGAAUGCUUUUGCUUGUAUUGCUUGUAACGAGUAGAUAUUAUUUGGCUGGGUAUGGGGGGUUAUUGUGAUUAUUUUUUUUGCUUUUUCUUUGGCUAGGACAAGAAACCUUGCAGGGUUGACAAGGCUAUCAUAAGCAAGUGAUGUAUUCCGAGAAAUGUUAUUGUCUUUCACGUUGGAUUUCUUGUAAGUAAGUAAGUACGCUUAGUUGCCAUGAUAUUUCCAUGUAGGCUUCAGCCUUUGCAGGACCUUCAAGCAUACCUUCUGUGCAUAGAUUAACGAUAACGAUAACGAUAAUAAGCCUGUUUGUUUUACCGCUAUUACAAAACUUGUCUGCAUGCUCUUUAAAAGGUUCAAACCACAUUACAGUAUACUAGUUUAGAUUUGCAAACUAUGCAUUGCAUAAGAGGACGCCGCCCCCCCGUAACCCCCCACUGCCAAAUUGCUGGUCAAAAGAAUGCACAUGUAGCAUUUACCCGAGAAAAAAAACAUUUUGUAACGACCCGAGCAUGCGCCCAUAUAGUGGGGCGGCUGCCCCCCUGAACCCGACCCCACAUCCCUCAGGCAAAACCUGGAGAAAUGCACUGAAGGGGUAUUAGCCACACUCGAAUGAAGUAUUUGUCAUGGUGACGUUAUUUUUCUUAUGAAGUCCUCAUAAAUGGUAAACGAGAGCCGAUGGGGGGGGGGUUCUGGUGGGCGGUACACUUAAAUUGUUAUCUGACAGGGGCGGGUCAACUAACCGUGGCUCCACCCACUGAAUGUACAGAGCAACCACCACUCUUUUAACAUGCACUGACCCAGCUUGGGGUCACUCACUCGGCCGCCCCCCGCUUGUCCCCCAUCCGCUCCCCAGCGCCAAAUCUCUCACUUGUAAAUAAACACAAGUCCUGUUGAUGGUAUGAGUCAGGUGUUUGUGUCGAAGGGACCGCCAUCCAACUCUUUGAGAGUCGACGUCCCUCCCCGCAAAGCGUGGCUCACUACUGGAAUGUGUUGCAUUUGUUUUACAAGAAAAUGAAGGAAAAAAAAAAAAAAAAAAACACAGAUUAAAAAAAAAACUAUUAUGAAUAAAACUCUUGUUUGUGUUGCAAUGUAGUAACUAAGCACCAUGGAAGCCAACUAACUGGUCAAAGUGUAAAUAAUAAAAAAAAGAUAACUUUAGAUAAGGUGACACAUGUAGACUAGUUAACUUGUGAUUUGUGUUGCGCAUAUUUUUGUGUUCAUUUUCUCUUUUAUCACCCUUCGAAAGAAACAAAAAAAAACUGACUUGUUUCUAUCCUUCUGUAACCUCUUAAUGUUCUUUUUGCGGUGAUUUGAUCUCGUGCAUUUGUGAAAGAAUGCCUUUCAUUCUCUUUCUGUCCAUAUGAGCAAAUGACUAUAAAUAUUCUAUAUGUGUACGUCCGUCCGCUGCUGAAUUAAUACUAUUCUAUCCUGCUGUGGUACCUUUCUUAUCAAAUGCUUACCCCCCCGCACCCCACCUUUGUCCCAACGCUUUAUCCCUGUGUUACUCUUAUUUUUAUGCUAAUAUUUAUAUUGCUGUUUUAUUUUCUCUUGAACACUGACAUUUCAAAUAAAAAGAUUCUGAAUUAA